AUGGGCGUCUUCGCCAAGUUCAGUGUCUUCAACACGCGCCUGGCACUCGCCUGUGCUGUGAUUGCCGUGUCGACUUUCAACUAUGGCUUCGACAACCAGGCCUUCUCCACUACCCAGGCGAUGGACGCCUUUGACAGGCAAUUUGGUGUUCUUGAUCCUAAGACCAAGAAGUAUAUACUUGAACCAUACUGGCUGUCGCUCUUCAACAGCCUCAACUACAUUGGCUUCGCCUUCGGUACGAACAAUCAUUCUUACGUGGACACAGUCUCGCCACUCGCGUGGAUCAUGUACUGCAUUGCUCUAGUACGUUUGCUGACAGCACGGUGCAUGCUAGGUGUGUUCCUCGGUAGCAUCAUCUCGGCCAGGUUCGGGCGAAGGUGGUGUAUGUUUUCGAUGAGCUGCUAUGCCAUCGUCACCGCGACGAUCGCUGUCACGUCUGUCAGUCGAGAACAGAUCAUGGCUGCUCGAAUCUUGAACUACAUCUAUGUGGGAAUGGAGUUGGCUGUCGUGCCCACCUUCCAGUCCGAAAUUGUCCCCGCUGCUGCCCGUGGCAUUAUGGUCGGUUCCUAUCAGUUCAGCCUUAUGGCAGGUGGACUGGUCAUCAAUCUCGUUUGCUUCGGUACCAGCAAUAUCCAGGACAACCGUUCCUGGCGCAUCCCCAUCGGGCUCUUCUACAUCGUGCCCUCGAUCGUCCUCAGUCUCAUUUUCUUUAUUCCGGAGUCGCCGCGCUGGCUUCUGCGCAAGAACAGGGUCGACGAGGCUCUUGUCAAUCUCCGACUGCUCCGCCAGGGCCGCUUCAGCGAGGAAGAGAUUGAGAGCGAGUUCCGCGAGCUUCGCGUCUCUCUUGAGCAGGAGGUCGAGAAGGGUCGUUUCAUCGAGAUCUUCCAGGGCGGCAACCUGAAACGUACCCUCAUCGCUGUGGUCGUAAAUAUGCUGCAGCAGCUAACAGGUCAGGGCUUCUCGUCACAGUACGGCACCAUCUACGUCAAGUCCUUGAAUACUAUCAACCCGUUCGCGUUUAGUCUGAUUACACUGAGUGUAGCUCUUGUGAUCAUGACCGCGUCUCUGCUGUGGGCCGACCAUGCUGGCAGGCGGGCUCUUCUCUUCACUUCGAGUACCAUCAUCUGUGUAGGCAUGAUGGUCAUGGGAGGACUCGGUGUGGAGACACCAGUCUCGACAGCGAGGAGAAACGGCAUUGUGGGCAUGAUGAUUGUCUUCGUUAUCGGCUUCGCCUCCGGCUGGGGACCGGUCCCUUAUGUUGUUACGAGUGAGGUCUCUGCGCUGAGGCUCCGUGACUACACGGCCCGCGUCGCGUUUGGUACCAAUGUGUUGUUCAAUUUCGCCGUUAACUUCAGCAUUCCCUAUCUCAUCUAUGACAAGUACGCCGGUCUCAACAGCAAGGUUGGCUUCAUCUUUGGCGCCAUCAUGGCUCUCGCCAUCGUCUUUGUCUACUUCUGCGUCCCCGAGUGCAAGGGCAAGACGCUGGAGCAGGUCGACUUCCUCUUCAACAGCGGCAUCCCCGCAAGGAAGUUUGGCUCGACGGACGCGGCCGCGAUGAUGGCCGUCGCAAACGACGCUGCUGCCGUUAACUCGGCCCUGCGUAAGGAGGAAGCGGUCGACAAUGUCGAGGACAUCGAGCUCGCCGCCGGUGAGACGGCGUCCGGGACGAAAUAA